UUCAAAUUAUUUUGAAAGUGUUAUUCGUUCUCUUGUUAAUAUUUUAUUGUUCUGUAGUACUAACGCUACCGUGAUCAGUAGUUAUUAAUGGAAUUUAGCCAAUGUAAAUGAUGGAGAACUCAUUUUUUGAGUAUCGUGACGAAACCGGAGUUGAAAGCGACUCUGAUUACGAAGUAAUCGACGACAGUUUAGUGGAACCGAAAGCUGUACUGAAGCAGGGAACAAACCGCACAGCAUUCGUGCCCGAAUCAGAAGAAUCUUCCUCUGAAGAUGAUCCACAACAGGAUCAACCUAAGCACAAAAACUCCCAAUGUAGCCUCAGAAAAAGUAUUAUCAAUACUCAUAUCAUAUCUAGCAGUGAUGAUGACGAAGAAUACUCCCCUGAAAUGUUGCCGCGCCGUCCGCAAUCAAUAAAAAAACCUACAGACCAAACUAAUAGAGUUCAAGGUCUCAAGAAUAAACGUAUGAUGUUUGAUUCAGAUUUAGACAAUUCCAUAACAGUUGAACACAACAGGCACCGGAAACAGAUGUGCUUAAAAGAUACGCCAAUAAAAGUUGAAGAUAUAAAGAGGAAGUCCUUGCUAGAUGACAGUAUGCGAGACGCAAGCGGCUAUGUGUCAAACGAUAAUUCAGAUGGUGAUAGUGCAGAAAAAGACGACAGCAGCGAUGAAACGAAAUAUGAUAGUGAUGGUGAUGAACCUGUGUCCCGUCUAGAUAUAGAAGGACAUAAGAGUAAUAGUGAAAAUAAACAAAGUAACGAUGAGACUGUCAGUCAUGAUAAAACAUUAGACAGCGAUAGCCAAACACCUUCAAAGAACGACAGCAUUCGAUUCACUGCUAGAAAACUUAAGGACUGCAGACGGAUUGUCAGCGAUGAAAGCAGUUCUGAGACUGACGAUGAACAAAAACAAAAAGUUGAUGAUCCCAAAAACGGAUCUCGUGGUAAUAGUAUAGAUGAUAAAUCUAAUUUAGAUUUUGAUGAUAAUGAGAAAUGGAGCAGUAAAACUAGUGCCUGUGAAAGUGAUUUAGAUGGUCCAGACGAGUAUGAGAUGGCAGUUAGGCGUGCAACACGGAAGAGUAUUAUGGGCUUCAUACCAAAUGAAAAUAAUGAUAGUGAUGAAUCUGACUGUAUACAAUCUGAUGAGAGCCAACGGAUAUCAGGACAUAGUGAUGUGAUGCAGGAAGAAAAUCAAAACAAUAAAGAAGGAUCGCGUUCUGUGAAGACGCCAGAAAGAGACGGCGAUAACUCUCGCCUCAGCUGUUCACCGAUCAAAACCCCUUUGCAUGACGUCACGAAUGUCAUUAUCGAAUCUGUCGAGAAUUCACCCAGUGCUCCUAAAGGUCUCACGAAUAAGGUUCAAAGUGAACUGGCGACCGAAGAAACAGGAAACAAUGAGAAUUAUAUUAAGUACGACGACGACGUCACUAUUGUUGACACGAAACCCGAAGUGAUACAGUUGAGCAGUGAUGAUGAAGAUGAGGUGAAAAUCGAACAAAAAACUUCUAACGUAAAAAAAUCACCCAAAAUCAAAAACGAAGCGGACAAGUCACCGAAAAAGUCCAGGGACAACACCAUAAAGUCGUACCUGGUGCCGCCCAGCUACCCGAACCAAGGCGUCGUCUACGUCAAGAAAAGCAUCCGGGAGAAUGAGCUGUUCAAGUUAAAUAGUUUGAAAGAGGAUCUACAUAAUGUUAAGAGACUUCUGCAGCAAGUGGAGGUGAACACGCUGCCGGACGGCGGAGUGAAGCUGAUCGAGCGUCUCACCGGACUGGAGGCGGAGAUCCGACGCCAGGGAGACAAGGUCGCCAACAUGGUGGUCGAGCCUGAGAAUCCAACAAUAGAGGAAAUAGCUAAAGAUGGCUUCGAGAAGGGGCUCUCCUGGGAGGAGAUACAGAAGGCCAGCAUCGCCGUGCAGCCGCGGAUGUUCGGCAAACAAGCCAUGGCGAGCCACAUGGCGGAGCGGAACCUCAUCCUGGACCGGCUCCGAGACCUGCACGAGUCGCUGGCGUCCUGCCCGCCGGAGUCGCAGCUGGCCGCCCCGCCGCGCGGCCUGCGCUCCCAGCUCAUGCCGCACCAGCUGCACGCGCUGGCCUGGCUGCACUGGAGGGAGACGCAGCGACCGGCGGCCGGAAUACUAGCGGACGACAUGGGCCUGGGCAAGACCAUCACGAUGAUAGCGCUGAUGGUCAGCGACAAGGAGAACAGCGCCGAGGAUGACGACUCCGACGACGAGCGGCCCGGGGACAGCAGGUUGGUGCGCGGCGGCACGCUGGUGGUGUGCCCGGCGUCGCUGGUGCAGCAGUGGGCGGGCGAGGUGGAGAAGCACUGCGCGGGCGGGCGCCUCGCCGUGGCGCUGCACCACGGGCCCGCGCGCGCCCGCCACGCGCACCGCCUCGCCGCCGCCGACCUCGUGCUCACCACCUACAACAUCCUGCAGCGGGACCACGACAAGGGCGUGCUGUUCCGCGUGCGCUGGCGGCGCGUGGUGCUGGACGAGGCGCACGCGGUCCGCAACCACAAGUCGGCCACGUGCCGCGCCGCCGCCGCGCUGCCCGCCGCGCGCCGCUGGGCGCUCUCCGGCACGCCCGUGCACAACAAGGACCUGGACCUCUUCGCGCUGCUGCAGUUCCUGCGCUGCUCGCCCUUCGACGACCUGUCCAUGUGGAAGAAGUGGAUCGACAACAAGAGCUUGGGAGGGCAGGAACGUUUGAGCACCAUAAUGCGUUGCUUACUUCUGCGGCGCACGAAGAUGCAAUUACAGCAGAAGGGACAGCUGGCGUGUCUCCCGCAGCGCCACACCCACGAGCAGCAAGUCACUCUCUCCAAGAACGAGAUGAAUGUUUACCAAAAGGUGCUGGUAUUCUCGAAGACGCUGUUCGCUCAGUUCCUCCACCAGCGCGCUGAGAAGAACUCUGAGCAGUUUGGUGCCCCUCUCCCCGACAAGGACUCGGAGUACGCGAAGAUGCACAAGAGAAUGAUCGCCUUACAGGGCGCUAAACCGGUCAAGUCCCACGAGAUCCUGGUCCUGUUGCUCCGUCUGCGGCAAGUGUGCUGCCACUGCGGACUCAUAGCCGCCAUGCUGGACGACGCCGCGCCCGACCUCGACGCGGACCCGGCCGGGAGCGACUUGCUCGACGAACUCAACAAAAUGUCGCUCGAAGACAGCCGGAAGGAGAGUUCGAAAGACGAUGAAGAUGAAACCGAAGGUGUCCAAGAGGAAGGCACCACGGCAGCCGAAGCCAUAAGGUCUGUCCUGAGUCCGAACAAUCCCGUGUUCGAACUAACCAGGCCUUCAUCAAAGAUCAACGCUGUCAUGGAGUGUCUCAAAGAGAAUGUAUUUUCUAAGCCAGGUGAAAAGGCAGUGAUCGUGUCACAAUGGACAAGUGUUCUUCACUUGGUCGAGAAGCAGCUGUCAGCCAUGGCGGUCCGCAGCGUGACGCUGAGCGGGAGCGUGCCGGUGACGGCCCGGCCCGCGCUCGUGCACGCCAUCAACGACCACAACAGUGCCGUCAAGGUGAUGCUGCUGUCGCUGUGCGCGGGGGGCGUGGGUUUGAACCUGUGCGGCGCCAACCACCUGUUCCUGCUGGACCCGCACUGGAACCCGCAGCUCGAGCAGCAGGCGCAGGACCGCGUCUACCGCGUCGGCCAGGACAAGACCGUGCACAUCUACAGGUUCAUGUGCGUGGACACCGUCGAGCAAUCGAUAAGGAAGCUGCAAGAAGCGAAGCUGGAGUUGGCCGACAACGUGCUCACGGGCGCUAAGAACACGAACGCUUCGAAACUCACCAUCGAGGAUCUCAAGAUGCUUUUCAAUAUGGGGCAGCAGCAGUAGCGCGCGAAUAUCACGAUGUGAAAUUAAUAUAAUUUGCGUAUUGCGACACAACGAACCCGUUUGCUUAGUGCGAGUUUAUUUACUGGUGGUAGGACCGCUUGUGAG